AUGUCUCGAGACUCUCCGUCCCGCACGCUCUCUGCACCGACGACGCUCCCUCAACAACCGCCCGCGUCCGCGUUGGCCGCCGCAUCGCCUCCCUCGCUCGCCAAGCGAGACGGCACCUGCGGCAACGGCCAUCACAACUGUCUCGACAUCAACCAGCCCGACGCCUGCUGCGACAACCAGAGCUACUGCUUCGUCAACAAGUCCAACGAGGCCGGGUGCUGCGCCAUCGGCUCCAACUGCCCCGACGACUCGCUCUGCAAAAGCGACUUCUACUACUGCACCACCACCCUGGCCCUCGGCGGCGUCACGGCCGGCGGCAAUUCCACCACCAAGGGCUGCUGCGGCAGGCAGUGCCCCCAGACGAGCUACUACCUCUGCCCGUCGAGCCUCGGCGGGAAAUGCUGCCCCUUCGACGCCGACUGCCAGGCCGGCGGGAACUGCGUCAUGACGCGGACGGCUUCCCCAACCAAGCCGACCACCACGGCCACGACCACGCCCGCAGACGCCUGCCCGACGUGCUCGCCGGCCGUCUCGGUGAUUGAAUUCGACGGCCUGUCGUCGGGCGCCAAGGCAGGCAUCGGCGUGGGCGUCGCGCUGGGCACGUCGCUGCUCAUCGCGCUGCUGGUCUCCCUCUUCGUCCUGCACAGGCGCCGCGCAGCCGCCCGCCGGGACAAGUUUGCAGCCGAAAUGGACGCCGCGAACCGCGCAGAGCUCACGGGCACAGAGGUACAGGUUGCCCAGGGGCCCGACGCGGAUGCCACGCUCGUCGAAAUGGCAGAGAACCAGGCCUCGCCUGACCCCCAGCCGGAGCGGCCAGUCUCGCCGUGGGAAGGCGCCAAUGUCGAAACCAUCGACGGCCUGUUCGAACUCGACGGGUCGCAGCAGGUCGUGCAUACAUGUGAUGCUCCAGAGCCUGCGCCGCCGCCGCCGCCGGAACCAAACGUCUGUUUCCCAAGUCACUUGGGAAAGGGGUAG